AGGGCAGAACGAUACCUUCAGGGCACGCACUGGUUUGUUAUAAAACACAAAACCAUAGAGCAACAUAGGAACCAGCGGUGAACUCCCCAGAUCUAGACGUAAUGCAGGCUUGAGUCUUUCGUUCAGCUAUGGCAGAUGGUUUUAAUUCUGUUCUUUGUAUAUUGGAUAUCAGGACAUUUGUGUUCUCUUUGCUGGUGAUAUUUUGACGAAUAACUGAAAAAGAGGCACAUCUAUUUCUGAAGGAAUAAUAGUGGGCUAGAAGUGUAAAUUGACGAUACCUAAUCAAGUUGUCGUCUGCUUCUGUUCCAUAUGGAUGGAAAUUGUCGGCGAUUCGUAAUUAUUGAUGCUGAAACAAAUAUGUUUUAUGUCAAAAAGAAACUACAGUUUUAAAUUAAUAGUUCCCGAGGUCCGUUGGUGCGUCAGGAGCCUAUCUAGCCUUUAAAAAAAAAGUGUGGUUGCAGUACAGCAAGAAUCAAGAUACACAAAUUACUCCAUCUUCUCCAGGUAGCCAAAGAUAACUCCUUUUAUUUAAAAAUGGCUGUUUAUUGUAGCUUGAUACGGCCCUGGUACGUACCUUUAUCUGUAUCUUAUGAAAUGCAGUUUCGCCCACUACAAACACUAGUUUAAAGUUUGUAUGGGAUGCUUUUCAAACAAAGGUUGCUGAUAUAAAAGGUAGCGUUUACAGUCACCACAACACCAGGUUGAUGAGAAAUACAUUGACGUUUACAGUUUAAAGUGCUUUUCAAAGAACGGUAGCUGAUAUAAAAGAUAGCUUUUAGUCUACAUCAUUUUUGUAAGAAUAACUGAUUCAGUAUCAGCGCAAGGAUAUUUGUCAUCUUAGGCAAGACUUCAAAUGUGCGUCUCUCAAUAACUUAUUAUAAUAUAAUGUUAAUACCAAGGAGAAUCAUUUUAUUAUUACAUAAAAUGUGUUGCACAAAAUUUCCUCUUAGACGCCCUAAAGACAGCAAAGGAUGUGACCAGCAUUAAUGAGCGCCGGCAACUUCACGUUUGAUUUGACCAUGCCGAAGAGAUCGUGUGUGGUCGGAGAUCCUGUGAUUACCGUGAACGUCGACCCGAAGUUGUUUUCACUUCUCAACUCUCCUUCCGCCGCGCCCAUUUUCCAAUCAUGGGAGAUAACUCUGAAGAUUUUCUUUUACGUUGUUGCGUUUCUCCUGGACGUCGUCGGGAACUCCAUCGUCAUCCUGAUCAUCGGGCUCAACCGGAAGAUGCGCACAACAACGAAUCUGCUGAUUCUGAAUCUGGCGGUGUCUGACCUUCUUGUCGGGAUUUUCUGUAUGUGGGUGCACGUCGGAAAUCAGAUCACCUCGGAAUGGCCGUUUGGGGAGUUCGUCUGCAAGUUCAACACUUUCGUGCAAGUUGUGGUGGUUACGUCAAGCGUCCUCACUCUCACGGUGAUAUCGGUGGAGAGAUUCUUGGCCAUCGUGUUCCCGCUCAAAGCAAGAUGGUCGCCAUUCCACACCGCCAUUAUCGUAACCGCCAUCUGGUUCGUUUCCGCUUCCGUCGCCUGUCCCCAGCUCGUGGUGCGCAGCGUGUUUGAGUACCAGUGGAAGGACAGGAACGAGGUCUUUUGCGACGAGGUGUGGCCGCGCGUGUACCAGGACUCCGCCUGCAACACCUUCCAGCCAACCAAACUGGCGUACUACAUCAUGGGGGGCGUGGUUAUGUACUUCGUACCCAUUGUCGUCAUGGUCACCGCUUACACCAUCAUCACUGUGAAGCUGAUCAGACGCAGGGUUCCAGGAUCCUCGAUUUCUGGGACAACAAAUGCACGAGACAGAACCAAAAGGAAGGUAAUCAGGAUGUUGGUGGCGGUGUUGAGUGUGUUUGUGUUAUGCUGGACGCCACAGCAAGUGCUGUUACUAUGGGACACCUUCAGUUCAUCUGAAAAGAAUGCCAAGUACAUGAGCACUGUGAAGUACGUUGCGCUGUACGUCGCCUACUUGAACAGCGCCCUCAACCCCAUACUCUACUGCGGCUUCAACGACAACUUCAGGAAGGGAUUCUCGGUAGCGCUCCGGCGUGUCUGCAAGUCCAAUCGAAUAGCACCAGACGACACAAUCGAUGGACCAACUCGCACAAUUCAGCCAGUAAACAAUAACAUCAGUAGGCAUUUAGAACCGCGAAGGGAUGUGUUCAUCACGAAUAAUGUCAGCUGAAUGUAUUUUGGACUCUACCCUGCCGAGAUACAUCUUUGAGGAAAGGGAUGUUUAUAUAACGACAUUUCAGUACAUUGUGUAGGCAUCAAACAUCUUCCCCAAGUUCAGCCAGCAAACGUUUCGCUAACGUUCGCGACCUAUUUGAUUGGUAAUUCGGUUUACGGUGUAACGUAAAAACCAGUCUAGCGAACGUUAGCGACAGACGGUUGACUGAACUUACGCCUGGUAACUGCUACUGUUCUGCGUUCAGCGAACUAUUUGACUAAUUACCGGCCUCGGUGGUGUCGUGGUUAAGCCAUCAGAUAUAAAGCUGAUAGGUACAGGGUUCGCAGCCCGGUACCGGCUUCCACCUAGAGCGAGUUU